UGCGGAUGGAAACAGGAGUUGGCAUCCGCUGCACUGCACGAAGAAGAAACUUUGAGGAAAGAUGCACGAAGAGGAGGAUGGCAGCGAAGCAAACUCCUCCAAAGUUCCGCGGGUGGUUGGCUCCAGAUCUGUGGAUGUGGCCGACAGCGACGCAGCGAAGGAGCAGGCCUCCAAACUGUGCGGAUACCUCAACAAACUGUCUGGCAAGGGGCCUCUGAGGGGGUACAAGCCGAGAUGGUUCGUGUACGAUCCCAGGAAAUGUUAUUUGUAUUACUUCAAGACUCCCCAAGAUUCGUUGCCGCUCGGGCACAUCGAAAUAGGCGAUGCGUGCUUCAGCUACGAUGUGGAAGGGGAAGAGGGCCAGUUUGAGAUCCGCACCGCCGGAAAAGAGUUCCUCCUGAAGGCCCCCAGCAGGCAGGUGAUGCAUUACUGGCUCCAGCAGUUACAGCAGAAGCGUUGGGAGUACAGCAACACACGAGGCUCAGGUCAGAAAGACAGCUGGAGCUCCCCGACUCUGGCCUACCCCCCCACCGGCCUUGUAGGCAAAGAAGAUGCACUUGUCUUUGAGAAGCUAAGUGACAGCAUGGAGAAGGUCCGCCAUGACUUUGCUCUGGAGACAGAAACAGAUUGUGGAGGAAAGGUGGGGAUCCAGUCAGCCCGAGGGCCUUCUUCCGCGUCUACAAACCCCCUCAACUUCUCCAUCCGAAACUUCGGUUCAGAACUCAGGAACUCCAUGUCUUAUCUGCGGCCGGGCAGAGGAGGUGAGAGCAGACGCAGUGUGUUUUACACCAACAAAGACAACAGUGCGGAGGAGUGGGAGCUCGUGGAUGCUCCAGCCAAGGACUUCCCUGAACAGAAACAUCCUCCAGAGGCUCACAGAAAUUCCUUUGGAUCAGCGUUUACAUUUGACUUUGUGCGCAACUCAGCGCGACCCAGGAAGCCUUUGCUCAGGGACAUUAUGAGCUCUGGGAGGUUUGGACGCACCACUGAGACACGCAGUGCCGAGAACUCCCCAGUGGAGUGUAACGGCAGCAAACCUUUCGAUGUUCAGCUGCGCCUGCAAAGCCAGCAGGAAGAGCUGAGCCGCAUGCAGCAGGAACAGGCCAAACUCCGAGAAGAGCUGGCCAGUCACAAGGAGCUGGUGAGACUUCUGCAGCAGACCCUGAGAACCUUGCAGUGCGAAAGGCAGCCAACGCAUCGCCCAGCCCCGGCUCCAGAUUCAUCCGUGGCUUCAGACGAGACUCAGGUUCCGGCAGUAACCCAGGAAGAGAUCGUCCAGUUGGAGGCCAUGCUUCAGGAAAAAGACGGACAGAUCCAGGCCCUGUGUGGCCACAUGGAGCGCCUCGCCUUAGAGAAGGAGAGUCUGCAGCAAGAGCUGAAGGGCCUGAAGAUAAAGGUGGGCGAGAUAAAUGACCAGCUGGGGAUGCUGAUGGAGACCAUCCAGGCCAAAGAUGAAGUCAUCAUCAAACUGUCGCAGGAGAGCUCCGAGCAGAGUGGCAACCCAUACGACGGUUCACCACCUCCCAACAAAGAUCAGGAGGUGGACAUCCUCAAGGACAGUCUUCAAGGCUACAAAACCCAGAACAAGUUCCUGAACAAAGAGAUCCUGGAGCUGACAGUAUUACGCAGGAAUGCAGAGAGUAGAGAAAAGACCUUAGAAGCAAAGUAUACGGCCCUGGAUGCCAAGCUGUGUCAGGUGGAGAGUAAGUAUCUGGUGCUGCUUCAGGAAGUGAAGAACCCGGUGUGUUCGUCUUCGGAGCAGAGCCCAGCCCGAGACGUCAUCUCCAGAUUACUAGAGGACGCGCUGCAGGCAGAGACCUCCGACCAGCAAGACCAUCACAUCUUUAAACCAAAUACUGUCAGUGAGUAUGACACGUUUGGCUUCAAAACCGUCCCUGAGGAAGAGGAAGAGGAGGAGAAGCUUGAUGCGAAGGUGAGAGCUCUGGAGCUGAAGACCCUCUCCAUGACGGAUCAGGAGGUGUCGGUGGGCGUGAAGUGGGAGAACUAUCUGUCGAGCACCAUGAACAGAGACAUGGUUCGCUCCCCUGAGCUCAAGGCCCUGUUUCGGUGCGGCGUUCCCCAUGAGCACCGCUCCAAGGUCUGGCGCUGGUGCGUUUCCUUCCAUGUCAAGAAGUUUAGGGACCAGCUGCCGCCAGACUAUUAUGAGACCUUACUGAACGUGGCGCAGGAUAAGCCCAACCCGGCCUCCAAGCAGAUCGAGCUGGACUUGCUGCGUACUUUGCCCAACAACAAGCACUAUUCCUCCCCGAGUGCAGGCGGCAUCCAGAAACUCAGGAACGUCCUGAUGGCUUUCUCCUGGAGGAAUCCGGAUAUUGGCUACUGCCAGGGACUCAACAGGCUGGCAGCUAUUGCCUUGCUCUAUCUGGACCAAGAGGAUGCCUUCUGGUGCCUUAUAGCCAUUGUGGAGGUCUUCAUGCCAAGAGACUAUUACACAAAGACUCUGCUUGGCUCACAGGUUGACCAGCGUGUGUUCAAGGAUCUGAUGAGUGAGAAACUCCCCCGGCUUCAUCUCCACUUUGAGCAGUACAAGGUAGACUUCUCCCUCAUCACCUUCAACUGGUUCCUGGUGGUGUUUGUGGACAGUGUGGUGAGCGACAUCCUCUUCAAAAUCUGGGAUGCCUUUCUCUAUGAAGGUCCAAAGAUCAUAUUUCGCUCUGCCCUCGCUCUCUUCAAGUAUAAAGAGGAAGAGUUUUUGAAGCUGCAGGAUUCCACAGCUAUCUUCAAAUAUCUCAGAUACUUCACACGUACAAUCCUGGAUUCAAGGAAGCUGAUGAACAUCGCUUUUGGGGACAUGAACCCGUUCCCCAUGAGGACAAUCCAGAACCGCCGCUCCUUCCACCUGGAGAAGGUCCGUCUGGAGCUGACGGAGCUGGAGGCUAUCAGACAGACCUUCCUCCGGGAGAGAGAGACAAGUCAGGACAGGCGGAGCUUCGUCAGCGACGAUGAGGAGGAUAACUGAGGUUAAGUCUGUCGCUGAAGUAUGAAAAGACCAUGUCAGGAUGCCACUGACGUGUCGCAGUUGACAAGGGAUGUUUCCUAAAGGAUUAUUGGAGUUGGCUUCCGAGACAAACCAAUUAACUUCUUAUACAUUUUGAGUGAAACUGCAUCAAAAGGCCAAACAUUACAAGCCGUAUGGGCUUUCUAUCAGUAUUCCUGCCAUUUAAAACAAACAAAAACACUUAUUGUUGUAUGCUUUAUCAUGCCUCUUCGACUUUCAAUGCCAAACUUUAUUUUGUGGUCUGAAUCAGUAUUUCUUUUUUCUACUUUGCUGUGAUCUUUUAAUCUAUGGUGAUUCAGUGCCUGUUGAAGGAUUGAUUGUAUGGCAUUUAGUUUACUUCAGUUUCCUUUUUGCUGUUUAUGCCCCCAACUCCUUUCAUACAUAUCUUAAGAUUGUUUACCUUUGAUAAUUGUUUUAGAUUUUUCCCGAUGCCACUUAACGACACAAUGUUGUGGUUUACCCCUUUGUCUAUCAAAUGCACUUCAAUCACUUAUGCUGAAAUUCAAAAUGCGCUGAAAAGUCUUAGAGCCUUAUGAUCACAAAGUCGUUCCAAAAUCGUAUCAUCAUUCCAGCCUCACAGGUGUUCGUGGUUCUGAGGAAUUUUGGGGAACACUUUUCACAUUUGAUGUGUCUCAGAAUCAAAUAACUUUAAACUUGCAAGAUUGUUUUUAAUAUGUCAAUUUAUACUUAAGUACCACUUCAUUACUCAAUGUUCCCAAAGACAUUUCUGAAAAUUUCAAACUGUUUGACGUCAAAAUUUGCGCCUGAACUUAAAAAAAGGUAACAGGCACCGGAUUUGGUUAGCAGUAUAAUGGGAAAAAGCUUUGACUUCAAAAUACCAUAUCAGUGAAUCUGUAGAAAUGACUAUUCUGACCUUUUUGUUAUACCUGUUCUAAGAUACGUGAAUUUAAACUCAUUUGCAAUGCCCUAUUUAAAAGUAACGUCUUAAUUUUUCUAAACAUUAAUUGGGAUUUUUACAUGUUUAAAGUGUUACAUUUCCCCUGAUACUUAUUGUGCAUGCAUAAUGCUGUUAUUACUUCUUUGAUGUAUUUGCAUCUCUUGUCCACAGUGUGGCAGUAUAACAUUUGUCUCGCCUGUGUUUACACUUUUUCACCCUCCACACAGUAUGAUUCAUACAGAUUAUAAUACUGUAUUGAUACAAUGGCUGCCGGUAGGAUCGUGUGUGAAAAAUAGAAAUAUGAUUUGUAAUCUGUGAGGGAAGUGUUUCAGGAUAUUUCAAAACGUGUGUAGCAACAUCUUUCUUCCACAUCCAGGUACUUACAAAAACAGUUUACUCUUGAGCACUGUGACCAUCUUUUCUUUACACCAUUUCUUUGUUUCAAAAUGUUGAACAGACCAGUAUGGGAAGAAUGGAUUUACUUGCUUAGAAAGAAAUCUUAUUUGGUAAAUCCACAGUGGAAAACUGUUGUUGCAAUGGGAAUCUUCGAGUCCUAGUGUAAUUACUUAGCCGCUUCUCUUGUAUGCUGAUAUAUUGUUUACAGUUACUAUCCUUUUUUAAAUGUUACUUUUAAGCUGUUUACAGAUGCUCAGCUCAGCUGAACUUGUUAUCAAUUGAAAGAAUUGUGGUUGUUUAUAAUGAGGGAAAUGAGAAUGGUGGGUGACCUGUAGAAGCAGAGAUUGAUUUUGUAUUUAUCCACGAGAGCAGGUCUCUCUAGAGAUUCAACUUUGAUUGGUUUGAGAUUAAAAAAAAAAAAAAGGUCCAUUAAUUUUGUCCUACAGUAUGUUUGCCCGUAUUUUAACAUACAUCUGUUCUACGGCUAUUUCACAUUGAUCAUAUGUUUUGUCAGUUUCUAUUCAUAUGGAAUAAGCUACAUGUAUUGUUAUCACCCUUUCUUUCUAUUCUCUGUUGCCUUUUCUCCCAGCAAUGUAUUGCACAAGUGUAAUGACAAGUUGACUUCAGAAUGAUACAGGGUACUUCCCUUUCUUGUAUGUAAACCUCUAGUAUCUUGUUCAUUGUUCAUCUGUAUCAUUUAAUCAUAAAAACUCUCAAAGCUUUUAUGUUACAGGAUUAAAUAUAUGCCACUGUAUGUUUUUGUUAUACCAGUUAAAAGACCAAAUCAAUAAACAUUGGCUGACUGA